UGUUGUAUAAUUAUUGAAUUUAAACAGGAAAUGAUCGACAGACUCCAGGAGCUAAAAGAGAAGGCUGCCCAACUAAGUAUAGAGCCUCUCAAACAUGAAGAUGACCUACCUGACGAUGCUAUAGAGAAAGACAGAGAGCUAGUUAAGGAUUUCCUGCCUACCACUAAGAAGGUCAUUAUUAAGCUUAAAGAAAUGGAGGCAAGCAACAAAACUAUUAUUGAACUGAAGAGAAAACAAGUGCAGGAGGUCAGAGGUGAAAAAGAAAAAGAAAAUAGUGAAGAAUUAUCAGUUUGAGUCAGAGAAAACCAGACUCACCAGAAAUAUAUUAAGGAAUUUUUGGAUAAUAUGCGACUUCAAGUAGCUGAUGCUAGGAAAAAUUUCCCCGAUGAACCAGAAUGAAGAGUUUUAGUGGGAAUUUACUCUGCUCUGAUGAUCAGGUUUAGAGAGGUGCUUCGACAAUUCCAAGAAUCACAAUUAGAGUAUAAGAAUGCUACUCAAGAUAAAAUUAAAAGGCAAAUUGCCAUUGUGAAGCCUGAAGCUGAUGAAGAGGAAAUACGAGAGCUGAUGGAAGACCCAGAUGCUACCUCAAAAUUAUUGAAUGAGCAGAUAGUUGGAACUGCUCAUGCAAAAGUUAGAAAUGCAGUAGAUGAUAUUGACAGAAAAUACCAAGAUAUAUUGAAGCUUGAAAAAGGAGUAGAAGAGGUUUACCAAUUAUUCCUUGACUUGGGCACUCUUAUUUCUGCUCAAGGUGAAAUGCUCGAUUCCAUUCUGACAAAUAUGGAAGAGGCAAGAGACUAUAUUAAGGAAGGAAAUAAAAGGCUUGGGAAUGCUCAAAAGAUUCACAAAAAGACAAGAAGUAAAAUGUGCUGCAUUCUUCUGAUUGUCGUCAUACUUUUGGUGGCUACUCUAGUCCUGGUUGGUGGAGUUAGUAUUGGUGUGGCUGCUUAAUACAC